AUGAUAUUUGCAAUUGAAGAAAUCAAUAAUGAUCCUGCAAUCCUGCCAAACAUUUCCCUCGGCUACAGGAUACUUAAUUCUUGUGCAUCUCCUACAAAUACUUUACGUGCUGCUCUAACGCUGGCAAGUAGACCAAAGGAGACUGACAGGACCUCACCAUGUCCUCCAGCCAUAUCUGCCCUCAUAGCAGAGUCAGGAUCGUCUCAGUCUUUGGCUGUGGCAGGAACUCUCGGACCAUUUGACGUGCCAAUUGUCAGUUAUUUCUCAACUUGUGCCUGCCUCAGUGACAGGGUUAAAUAUCCUACUUUUUUCCGGACAAUCCCCAGUGAUUAUUUCCAGGCUAAAGCUCUGGCAGCGCUGGUGAAACAUUUUGACUGGCAGUGGAUCGGGGCCAUACAGUCAGACAAUGAUUAUGGGCGGAAUGGGAUCCUGGCCUUCACCGAAGAGGUUAAAAAGCUUGGUGUUUGCAUUGCAUUUGUUGGGACCGUUCUGCGGACAUACACAAUGGAUAAAAUUCUUGAUGUUGUUGAAAUGAUCAAGAAGUCGACAGUAAAAGUCAUUCUGGCUUUUGUUCCAGAGGGUGACUUUUAUCCUUUAAUGAGAGAGGUAGUGAAACAGAACAUUACAGGGAUUCAGUGGAUCGCCAGCGAAGCCUGGAUAACAGCUGCACGUCCUUCCACACCUGAAAUUUACAAGACUUUUGGAGGAGCCCUGGGGUUUGUUGUGCAGAAAAUGCCAAUCCCAAAUCUAAAACCUUUCCUUACAGGCAUUAACCCAUACGCUGAUCCAAAAGCAGCUUUUGUGAAAGAUUUUUGGGAGAUAAUGGUUGGCUGCACACCUGCUUUCCCUGAGGAAACCACAAAAUUUGAGACAACAAAGGAAAUAUGCACAGGGAAUGAGACAUUAAAAUAUUCCACGGAUGUGUUUUUCAAUGUGACACAGCUCAGAGUGUCAUAUAAUGUGUAUAAGGCAGUGUAUGCUAUUGCAUAUGCCCUACAUGAACUGAUAUUCUGUCAACCAGUGGGAGAAAAAUCAAUAAAGCCAUGUUUAAACAUAUCAAAAAUUUCUCCCAAGAAGGUAACUGAUUAUCUACAAAAAGUGAAGUUCAUCAAUCAUUUUGGGGAUUAUGUAUUCUUUGAUAAGAACGGGAACCCCCCUGCUUCUUAUGACAUUAUUAACUGGCAGAUGAUAGACGGACAGGUGCAACAUGUCACAGUGGGUCAUUUCGCCUCUUCUGACGACGGUGACUAUGAGCUCAGCAUCCAUGAGGAACAGAUAGUGUGGCGAACAGGAAAAACGCUUCCGACAUCAGUGUGCUCUAAUGUUUGCUCAGUCGGAACAAGAAAAGCUCAAAUUAAAGGAAAGCCCAGGUGCUGCUUUGACUGUAUCUUAUGUGCUGAUGGAACUAUUGCUAAUUCAACAGGAGCAGCAGAUUGCACACCCUGUCCACAAGAAUACUGGUCUAAUGACAAAAAAGACGAGUGCAUUCCUAAAACAGUUGAGUUCCUGACAUAUCAUGAGCCGAUGGGAGUAGCUAUCACUAUCGUAUCUCUGCUGGGAACGUCUCUCUCACUGGUUACAAUGGUGGUCUUCAUCCGCUACAGAGAAACCCCCGUGAUUAAAGCCAGUAACUCAGAACUGAGCUGCUUCUUGUUAUUUUCACUGUGUUUGUGUUUUCUCUGUCCCCUCACUUUCAUUGGCAGGCCCACAGUGUGGACUUGCAUGCUGAGGCACACAGCUUUUGGAAUUACAUUCGCACUUUGCAUUUCUUGUGUCUUAGGAAAAACUAUUGUUGUCGUAACAGCUUUCAAAGCCAGAUUUCCUUACAGUAAGGCUGCGGGAAAGUUUGGACCUGCACAGCAAAGGAUCAUAGUUUGCUCUUGCACUUUGAUACAGAUAGUAAUAUGUGUGCUGUGGCUUACGUUGAACCCUCCGUUUCCAGACAUGGUUUUCAGAUAUAGCAAUAAAAAGAUAGUUUUAGAGUGUAACACUGGUUCUGAGGCUGCAUUUUAUGCUGUGCUGGGGUACAUAGGCCUCCUUGCAAUAAUAUGUUUAGGUCUGGCAUUUUUAGCUCGAAAGCUGCCUGAUAAUUUUAAUGAAGCCAAAUUCAUCACCUUCAGCAUGUUGAUAUUUUGUGCAGUGUGGAUCACCUUUAUCCCUGCAUAUGUUAGCUCUCCUGGGAAGUUUACUGCAGCUGUUGAGACCUUUGCCAUUUUAUCUUCAGCAUUUGGUUUAUUAAUUAGCAUUUUCGCACCCAAAUGUUAUAUUAUUCUCAUCAAGCCGGAGAAAAAUACCAAGAAGCAUAUCAUGGGAAAAACUGAAACAAAGAAUAUCAGCAUGCUGAAGGUGAUGAACUUUGCCUCAUUGAAAUUAUCAGGGAGUUUCCGGGCCAAAAAAGCCACAAGGAAACACAUGCAGGCUAAGAUGCCGAUGUAUCCCAGAACACACCAGAAGCCGACCUCUGAACCAGUCACACACUCCAUGAUGAUGGUAGAGCUGUGUGUGGACCGAAAAGCCACUAAGACCACCAUUGUCUUGGCCAGGAGACAUGAAAUGCAGAGGGCAAAACUGAUCCCAAAUGCAGGAUACCUGAUCCUGCAGAGCCAGUCUGAGGGCUCACCAAUGAACAACAGGCCAACAAGAAAACACACGGCGAGGAACAGCAAGAGAAGAAAGCUCAGCUCCAUGUUGUUGGCCCGAACCAACGGCGUGUCUUUGUGUAUGAAGAACACGCACAGGAGACACAGUCGAAGCAGCAGAUGGGUUCCCCUUUCCUCCUGGCGAUGCGGAAACCUGGAGGACAACUGUCGCUGCACACAGACCGGGAAGCCUGAGAGGCAGAGUUUAAUCAAACAGCUCCACACUUUCUAUAGCAUUAUACCCGGUAUCACAUCAGCCCUCCGUAUGGCGAACCCCAGCGUUCCCGUCAGGAGAUCACCGAACUCUGCCCACAGUGACGAUGCAGUGGACCAGGCCUCACUGGCGAUCCACUGCAGCCCCGUGAUAUUACGAUUGUUGACUGUGGAUCUCUCUGGGUGUCCAUUCACCAGGAGUAAAGAAGCUCUCAGAGACACAGGUAUAACAUCACAGCUGUCGCGGAUAUCAAAGCCCAGCCUUAGCCGUGGUAGGAGUGUGGACCGAAAAGCCACUAAGACCACCAUUGUCUUGGCCAGGAGACAUGAAAUGCAGAGGGCAAAACUGAUCCCAAAUGCAGGAUACCUGAUCCUGCAGAGCCAGUCUGAGGGCUCACCAAUGAACAACAGGCCAACAAGAAAACACACGGCGAGGAACAACAAGAGAAGAAAGCUCAGCUCCAUGUUGUUGGCCCGAACCAACGGCGUGUCUUUGUGUAUGAAGAACACGCACAGGAGACACAGUCGAAGCAGCAGAUGGGUUCCCCUUUCCUCCUGGCGAUGCGGAAACCUGGAGGACAACUGUCGCUGCACACAGACCGGGAAGCCUGAGAGGCAGAGUUCAGCCACUCAGAAACACACAGAGAGGCUCUACCUCUAUUUGGUGAUGUGUAACAACAUGACUCCACCUUCCAUUUAUUCUAACUGUGUCCUGACUUUGUCUUCCAUCUUAAUUUCCUGCUUUACAUUUUCUGCUCAACCUGCAGCCAGACAGUGCAUUCUGCAAAACAGCUUUGAACCGGGCUUUGUGGCCAAGGGUGAUUUUCUAAUUGGUGGGAUUUUCCCACUUCACUACAACCAGGAGAUGCCAGACCUUAACUCCACCUACAGACCACCACCAGUUAAGUGCAACGGUUUCGACCCCAGGGCUUUCCGCUGGGCUCAGACUAUGAGGCUGGCAGUGGAGGAGAUAAAUCAAAAUACAGAGCUGCUGCCCAAUUAUACCCUCGGAUAUAAAAUCUUUGAUUCAUGUGCGUAUCCACUGACAGGCCAGAGGGCUGCUCUGGCUGUGCUGAAUGGGGUUGGAGAGGAUGACUAUCCAAUGUGCACUGGCCCCUCUCCUCUUCUUGCUAUAAUUGGGGAGUCUGGAUCUGCUCAGUCCAUAGUGGUGUCAAGAAUCCUGCAGCCAUUCAAAAUCCCAAUGAUAAGUUACUUUUCAUCAUGUGCGUGUUUUACUGACAGACGGAAAUAUCCCAACUUCUUCAGAGUAAUCCCUAAUGAUGACUAUCAGGUUAAAGCCAUUGCCCAGCUGCUGGUCCAUUUUGACUGGACCUGGGUGGGGCUGGUGCGAGGGGAUCAUGAAUAUGGACGCUUUGCUGUGCAAGGUCUACUCAGGGAAUUACAGGGGACAAAAGUGUGUGUAGCAUACCAAGAAAUGAUCCCUCUGCUCUACAACCGGCAGAGAGCUCUGGAGAUUAUGCAGGUAAUGCGCAGCUCUGCAGCAAAAGUGGUGGUUGUGUUUUCAGCUGAGGGGGAAAUGACUCCUUUCCUGAGAGACUACAUGGCACAGAACAUCACAGGAAUCCAAUGGGUGGCGAGUGAGGCCUGGGUCACGGCAUCUGUCUUCACAGGGAGCGAGUAUUACCCCUAUCUGGGAGGCACGAUUGGGUUUGGCAUCAGAAAAGGCCACAUCCCCAGACUGAGUGACUACCUGCAGACAGUAAACCCCGAAAACUACCCCAGUAAUCCACUGGUGCAUGAACUAUGGGAAGCUCUGUAUGGUUGUGCACCUUCUUCUGUCUCUGGUUCGCAGUUGCCUCCCUGUUCAGGACAUGAGUUACUGUUAGAGCAGCAUUCAGCCUACAUGAAUACAUCUAGCCCUAGAGUGGCUUAUAAUGUCUAUAAAUCUGUAUAUGCAAUAGCCCAUUCUCUGCACAACAUUUUUCUUUGUCAAUCAGGCAGUGGGCCUUUCCAAAACAAGUCAUGUGCACAAAGGAACAACAUACACCCAUGGCAGCUCCAACACUAUCUCCAGGAGGUGACAUUCAACAUUGCUGGUGAAGAGGUGAACUUUGACCUGAAAGGCGACUCCAUACCCUACUAUGAUAUCAUCAACUGGCAGAGAGGCACAAGCGGGAAUGUAGAGUUUGUCAAUGUGGGGUUGUUUGAUGGAACCAAGGCUGCUGGGGAGGAGUUGGUGAUCCAGGAGGAUGGGAUUAUAUGGGCAGGUCAUCAGAGUGAGGUGCCGGUGUCUGUGUGCAGUGUCAGCUGUCUUCCAGGGUCCCGGAAGGCUGUCCGUCGUGGGGAGCUUGUCUGCUGCUUUGACUGUGUACCAUGUGACAGUGGCAAAAUUAGUAAUGAGACAAAUUCAGUAGAUUGCACAUCUUGUCCUGAAGACUUCUGGUCAAACCAAUAUCGAACAGCCUGCAUCCCCAAGAAAGUGGAGUUCUUGGCUUAUAAUACUUUGGGAAUAGUCCUCACAGUGAUCUCCAUAGUGGGUGCCUGCCUCACUGUAGCUGUCCUCAUAGUCUUUGUCUAUCACAGAAACACAGCCAUCGUCCGUGUUAACAACUCUGAACUCAGCUUCUUCAUCCUGAUCUCACUGACUCCAUGUUUCCUUUGUUCCCUGGUCUUCAUUGGAGAACCAACACCUUGGUCCUGUAUGCUGCGUCACACUGCAUUUAGCAUCACUUUUUCCCUUUGCAUCUCAUGCAUCUUUGGGAAGACUCUGGUGGUGUUGGCUGCUUUUACUGCUACAAGGCCAGGGAACAACAUUAUGAAGUGGCUAGGGCCCAAACAACAAAGGGCCAUUAUCUUCUCCUGCACCUUAGUUCAAGUGGUGAUCUGCGCUGCUUGGCUCAUCGAUGCUCCUCCAUAUCCAUCCAGAAACACACAAUAUGAACACUCAAAAAUCAUACUAGAAUGCAGUGUAGGCUCCAGUCUGGCAUUUUGGUGUGUUUUGGGAUACAUUGGCCUACAGGCCUGUCUGUGUUUUUUACUGGCUUUUCUGGCCCGGAAGUUGCCAGGCAACUUCAAUGAGGCAAAGUUUAUCACUUUUAGCAUGUUGAUCUUCUGUGCAGUCUGGCUGGCAUUCAUUCCUGCUUAUAUCAGCUCUCCUGGAAAUUAUGCAGAUGCCGUGGAAUCAUUUGCUAUUCUAGCUUCAAGUUUUGGGUUGUUGUUCUGUCUGUUUGCUCCCAAGUGUUAUAUUAUAUUAUUAAAACCAGAAAAGAAUACUAAACAGCACCUCAUGGGCAAAGAAAAGAAAUGA